AUGGGAUGGAAGGAGAAGCACAUCUCAAAGGUAGGUAGAGAAGUGUUGAUCAAAACCGUAGCACAAGCAAUACCAACUUACUCUAUGAGCAUGUUUAAGCUCCCAAAGAAAAUUUAUGAUGAUAUCAAUUCGGUCCUAGCAAAGUAUUGGUGGGGGCAGACUCAAAAUGAAAAAAAGAUCCAUUGGAUCAAUUGGGGUAAACUGUGUAAGCCUAAAGAUAAAGGGGGAAUGAGUUUUAGAGACAUCCACGCUUUUAACUUAGCCAUGUUAGCUAAGCAAGCUUGGAGGCUGAUCCAAGGAGGGCAUUCUCUUUUUGUUAGGGUGUAUAAGGCUCUCUAUUUUCCCAGUUGCUCUUUUAUGGAGGUUGAACUAGGGUGUAACCCUUCUUUUGUGUGGAGGAGCUUAUUGGAUGCUAGGGAAUUGAUCAGGGCAGGCAUAGCAUGGCACAUGGGAGAUGGGCAGAGUAUUGAAGUAAAUGAUCAUAGGUGGCUAAACCACCCACCUCUGUUCAGACCUAGUGCUAACACAAAUUUAAAGGUGGCUGACCUUAUUGACCACCGAAGUCGGCAAUGGAACAGAGCAUUAUUAUACACCACGUUCCUACAAUCCACUAUGGAUGAUAUCCUACGUAUCAAACUUGGUGAGGAGCAUGAUCAAGACAAGCUUCUAUGGAAGGAAACAAAGAGUGGGUGUUUCUCGGUGAAAACAGCUUAUUGGGUUGCACUCCACUUGAAUCAGCCACAAAACGCUGAACAUUCCACUACAAGAGAAGAUUACUUUUAA